GAUAGAGAGCGUCCUCGACUGAACUCCACAUGCAAAGCUACAAAAAGGAGCUCCGACAUUCAAACACGGCACAAACGAGCCAGGAAAUGUAGCAGCCGAGCAGUGACACUCUGUCCCAGUUCAAACGGUCGACACAUUCACCACCUUAUAUCAUUAAAUCCACUUAAUAAACUGUCUUCACUGGGACGCUUUUCGCUUUGAUCUCCGGUUUAUUUCCUGGACAGAACUCAUGAGAUCAUUUUAAAGGUGGAGCUGUUCUACAACCAAAAGCUGAAUCUGACCUAAAUUUGAAAAGGAAAACUUGGGUGACUUGACAGCUUUAUUCCGAGAAUGUUUGAAGAGGGAUCUCAAGAAAUGAGAGAGCAGAGUGCUGGGGUGCUGCCAGCUGUGGAGGCUGCGGGCACAGGAAUGUUAGGAUCAGAUGUGGCAACCCACAGCAACACAAUGUCUUUCACAGAGGAGGCUGUCUCCAUCCUUACAUCGAGCAGUCUGCUGGCUCGCUCGCUGUUAGGCCGCACAUCAGCACUGAAACGUAAAGACGUGUCUCCGAGUGGUGGCACACUGAGGCGCAAGCGUGAGUUCAUCCCACAAGAGAAGAAAGAUGAAGGGUACUGGGACAAGCGCAAGAAAAACAACGAAGCAGCCAAGCGCUCGCGGGAGAAGCGACGCGUCAACGACAUGGUGCUGGAGAACCGUGUGCUCGGGCUGCUUGAGGAGAACGCCAGGCUCAGAGCAGAACUGCUUGCACUGAAAUAUCGCUUCGGGUUGGUUAAGGAACCCUCGAAUGCCUCCAUCCUUCCGCUUACCACAACAGCACCAUGCAUUCCUCAACCUGCCAGCACACAUUAUUACGUACUCCGUGAAGAUGGGCUUCACCCCAGCACUGCUUUGGUACCUCAUCCAAAUUCCACGCAGGCUGUAUUCCAUGUAGGACGGAGUAUCAGGGAGAAUGGCAGCAUGUCAGAGGACUCAGGUUUCUCAACUCCUGGAGGUUCCAGUGUUGGAAGUCCUGUGUUUUUUGAAGACAGGCUCAGUGAUCAUGGCAAAUUGUCUCCAAACAGAUCUGAUGAGUUAAGCUGUGAAUAUCACCACUCUCCUGCUCCUGACCUUCUUGUGGCACAGGUCUCAACAGGACACACCUCCACAGCCUCUGGAAAUGGGGAUUCGGUGGAAGGGUUAAAGAGUCUCCCUCACAAAUUACGCUUCAAGUGUCCAGGGAGCAGUGACAGUGAGAACUCCAGUGAAAGACGCAGUCCUGUUCAGCACACAGGAGGACAGGAAAAAAACAGGAAUCAUUUCCCAUCUGGCAUGGGUGAAGGGGCUCGGCUCUGGCCACAACAUGAAGGAGAUGAAUCUCGAAAAAUUCUUGCUCAUCAUCAUGGUGGCCUGAUGGGCAGUUGCAGCAGUGGCCAGCUGCAUGGGAACCACGGCGAGGCAUAUUACCAUGCCGAGAACAGCAUGCUCAAAUCUCAGCUUAGCUCCCUUGGCGAGGAAGUGGCACAACUCAAAAGGCUCUUCUCUGAGCAGCUUUCCAAAAUGAACUAAAGAUCCUAGUUUUCCAUAACAGACUGAAUACAGGGAGCUUGGUCUUUUUAAGCCAGACUUAGCCAUAAAUUAUAAAACAUAAAUUCAGAAGAGUGUUGAAACUGAAUUUUAAGGCCCUGUCUUGACUCUAGUGGUAGCCAGUAGCCUUGUAGACUGUCAUUUACCUUCUUUAACUACAUAGUUUUAUGACAGGAAGAGAGAAUAAAAGUAGGCAGGGAUUGUGCAAGAUGGAGACACAGUACGGAUGUCCGAGUACACAGUGUGCUGGAUCCCCUCACAUAAGGACAAUAACAUUUCUUUCUUUACCAGCAGGUUUUUACCUAUGACACUUCAGUCACCCUACAAAAAUAGACAUUACUGCUAGACUCCAGUGGGUCACUAAACCAAAGUGUAUCAUUUAUAUUCAACGCAACAUUUCCAUAUUCAUUGUUAAAUCAGCUAUUAUGUCAUGAUCUAUGAAUUUAAAAAUGCAUUGGAAAUUAAUUUGGUGCUGGUUCAAUUAUGUUUUUAUUUAAUUAUAUAAAUUAUACUUAGUGGGAUAGUGGUUAGCACUGUGGCUUCGCACCUCCAGGGUCUAGGGUUUGAUUCCAGCCUCGGGUCUGUGUGAGUGGAGUUUGCAUGUUCUCCCAUGGCUUGGAGGGUUUCCUACAGUCCAAAGAAGUGCAGGUUAGGCUCAUGAGUAUUUCCAAAUUUGCAUAGUGUGUAAACGAGUCUGUGUGCAUGUGUGCCCUGUGAUGGAUUGGCAUCCUGCCCAGGGUGUUCCCCACCUUGUGUCCUGAGUCCCCUGAGAUAGGCUUCAGGCUUCCUAUGACCCUGUACAGAAUAACCGGUACAGGGAAUGAGUGUGUGAAAGAGAUAAGAGAAUUAUAUUUGCGUAUAAUAAUAAUAAUAAUAAUAAUAAUAAUAAAAUAUUUAUAUAGUCCCUUUAAUUUCAUGAUUUGUCACGAUUCAAGUCAAUUUUAUUUUAUUUAUAUAGCGAUUUUAACAAUGAUCAUUGUCAUAAAACAGCUUUACAGAAUCAAAAACAUAAUUAGAGAAAUAAGUAUGAAAAUGUGUGAGGAAAUAUGUAUAAAUCAAAAUGAUCAGAUUGUCCCUGAUGAUCAACUUUUUUAGAUUUAAGUGUUCAAAUGCACAGUAUCAUAGUAUCAUAUCCAUAUGUCACAUACAUGCCUUUUCCUGCCUUUCUCCUUUAUACUACUCGUUACUGCCAUCUGGGAUUAGAAUUGUGUGUAUCUAGUAACUUAACUCUAUAAUGUGUAUAAUGGUGGUAAAAAUCUGUGUUGCCUAGUGUAUUUAUGUGUGUGUAUAUUUGUUUUCAUAUGUGAAUAAAUAUUUGAUGACA